CUGGCAAGAGAACGGUUUCUUCCUCACUGCAAAAAAAUAACGUCUUUGCCACAGAGGAACCGAUGCCCAAGGUUGACCUCAUUGCCCUUCCGCAGUUCUUCUCGUCGACGUAUGCAUUUGGAAACGUCUAUGGUGUCAGUCGCACGACCUCUCACGAGCUUGCACACAAUAUCUUUGGGAACCUGGUCAUCAUACAAUGGUGGGACAUGAUCAGCCAAUUCCCUGAAUGCAAAUUUUCAGCGAGAUCCAAAGCGACCGCGCGACCAGAUGUCGAGGGCUCGCAACUUGGGCAAGAGUUCCUUCAACGCCCCGUCCCGCUCGAGGGAGGGCGUGGGGUAACCGUGAUGGAACCGACGGUGCGUCGUGUCGAUCGCGCCUUGGAUGGUCUCGGAUACGACGGUGUCGAGGUCGACGGGUUUGUGCGAGGAUUCGGACACUUCGAAUAUGAGCGACCAGUAGGGUCCUUCAUUUUCCGUGGCGGUAUCUGUCGGCUUCCCAUCGGCGCGUCGCAGGGUUCUCAGCCUCACGCUGUCGGCAGGUUUAUUGUGCGGGGAGAAAUUGGAGAAGAUCGUGGCACGGUAGAAGGGCGAGUCGUCUUCGGGGAAGUAGAGCCAGCAUUCCUUGUCGGUGCGGUCCUGGUGACUCCCGCGGAUCCCGAUCCCGACGACGUUGGUGGACGAGAAAGACAGAGACCUGCUCGACUCGAUCAAAUCCGGAUCGCCGAUGGCGGCGACCAGCUCGUCGACAGGCAUCGUCGAAACGAGCACCUUGUACUUCACGGUCGACCCGUCCCCGAGGACCACCCGCUUCCUCCCGGCGUCGAUCCCGACCACCUCCGCGUCGAACCGGAACCUCUCCCCCGGGAUCGUCCUGGCCACGGCCUUCCAGAUGCCUCCCGUUCCUCCGCGGGCGGGGAACCGGAACUUCGCGUUCGGACCCCAAUUCCCGGCGAUUUUAUUUUCCACCACGUUGGAGCUGACCAACUUGAGGUCAGGGGCGGCAACGCGUUCACCCAGCCAUUCGCUAAA